AGGGAGCUCAAGUACUAGAGUUGACAGAGAUUGAAAAUUUUGAUUCAGUGAAAGUCUUCUCUCGUUGUUCCCGAACCGACCAUGUCUCAUGAGACAUGCCCUUCUGUGAAGAACAUCCUUUUGUUGGAUUCUGAUGGGAAACGUGUUGCUGUCAAAUACUUCUCUGAAGACUGGCCAACGAAUAGUGCCAAGGAAAAUUUUGAGAAAGUUGUGUUUACCAAGACUCAGAAGACCAAUGCUCGCACGGAAGCGGAAAUAGCAAUGUUUGAGAACAACAUCGUUGUUUACAAGUUUGUCCAAGAUCUUCACUUCUUUGUCACCGGUGGUGAUUAUGAAAACGAGCUUAUCUUAGCUACAGUUCUUCAGGCUUUUUUCGAUUCUGUGGGGCUCCUGCUCAGAGGCAAUGUGGACAAGAAGGAAGCACUUGAGAACUUGGAUCUCAUUCUGUUGUGCAUUGAUGAAAUUGCUGAUGGCGGUAUCAUUCUUGAAACUGAUCCCAAUGUUAUAGCUGGGAAAGUUGCUAGCAAUAGUAUAGAUUCUGGUGCUCCUUUGUCUGAACAGACACUAAGUCAAGCAUUGGCCACAGCCAGGGAACAUCUUGCAAGGUCCCUUCUUAAAUGAUUCAUAUGGCAUUUUACAAAGGAGGAAUUUGUCUUUUUGACUUUUCCUACAAACAUUUAUAAGAACAUCAUUCCAUUAUCCAACAAUCGAACCUUGAAGAUAAUGUUACUUGACAUGAGAAUACAGGAUAUUUUGGCACUA